CUGGCAGCCAGGGGCGUUUUACAUUAUAGGCGACUCGCUUGCAUAACUAACCUGUUUCACAAUGACUGAUGAUGAGUAUUUAAACAAAAAGAGAAGGGAUCCCCUAAGCUAAAUCAGUUAUUUUACAAAACCGGCAAGGUAGGCAACAUUAUCCUAACAUUAAGAUGAUAACAUUAUUAUAACAUUAACAUAUUAUUAUUAAUAUAACCACUAUAAUGUGCAAUGUAUAUGUGUGCAUACACUGACUAUACAAAACAUGUUUGGUAUACUCCUAAUGUUUGGUAUACUCAAUGUAUUUGUGUAAAUGUAAUGCAAUUUUCUAUUUAAAAAAGAAAACUGUAUUUCAAUUGGAUGACAUUUUCUUUCCAUAGAUGGAGAGACUCUUUCUUGUGCAUGUCCUGUUUACAAUGUGCUGGGCUGUGCCUCAAGGUGAGAUAUCUGACCAUUUUAUUCCUAAAUCCAGAGCCUAAAGUUUGUCAUGCUACAAUAGAUAUAUUAACAAUGUAUUUUAUUUAUUAAUGUAUCCUUUUUCCAAGACAGAAAGUAGGUGCCAAGGUAGCCUAAAUAUCUUGAGAAAACAGCAAUCAGUCUAUUUUUAGGUUAGAAAAUAAUAAACAGUAAUUCAUGCAAUAAUUCAUGAUUAAAUUAAUUAAUUAAAAUGUAUACAGUAUUCUCUCAAAAAGUAUUGGUGCUUGACAAUAGUGUCUCCACAUGGUGAAUAUGAUAAUUAUUCAGAUCUAAAUGGCCUACAAGAUAAAUUUACAUCAGAGCAUGUAUUGUACUUUAAAUAAUUUGUUCAUCAUACAGAGGCUACCGGUAUUUACCAUGUCCUCUCUCUGUCUCAUUAGACCUCUCAGGUAAAAUGUUCACAUUUCCAAAGGAGUCCAACUCUGAUCAUGUGAGGCUAAUGCCAACGGUAGAAAACUAUUCUUCUGUGACAGUAUGUCUCAGGUAAUCAAUGUAGUAUUCAAUACUUCCAUAUGUGUCUGUAUCUAGCAUUAGAAAGCUGUGCAAUGAAUAUUGCCAACAAUAAUAUGGUGUGAGCAGCAGUCAAACACCUUUAAAAUAAUUAUUUUCCAGUGGUAAUUCUUAGUAAAUAAGGGAGUAAUAAUAGUUAUUUUUUUUUGCAUUUGGUUACUUUCAGCCCUAAAAUGUAAUUCCAAGGCCUAGCUAAUGUGUGUAUUAUGAAUUUCCUAAAGGUAUUUCACAGAUGUCAAGAGGGCGUUUUCCAUCUUUUCCAUGGCAACUCCGACAAGCCCCAAUGACUUUCUGUUGUUCAAAGAGUCCAAUGGUGACAUGGAGCUAAAUGUUAGAAAUGUGGCAAGUAUAUUCACAGGGCUACCAGGCGAGCAGAACAUGUGGAUGUCUCUGUGUGGGAGCUGGGACUCAGUCACCGGACUUAGUCAGGUUUGGUUAAAUGGGAAGCCAAGUGCAAGGAAGAUGGGAUACUCUGCUGGGAAUGUGCUGAAUGGAAAACCCAUCAUAAUCCUAGGUCAGGAGCAGGAUGCUUAUGGUGGAAAUUUUGAUAAAGGACAAGCAUUUAUUGGUCACCUCAGUGAUGUGCACAUGUGGAAUUAUGUUCUGUCACCUUGUGAAAUCCAGCACUUCACAAGCGACUUAAAUUUCAUCCCUGGAAAUGUCCUUAACUGGAGGUCCCUCGAGUACACGAUUGAUGGGCUUGUGGUUCUAGAAAACAAGCAAACACCCUGCCAACAAUGAGCAGUGCCAACCAAUCAUUCAGCGUUGUUGAGAAAUGUUGAUUAUAAUCAAACAUCUGAAUAUGCAAGUGUGUCUAUUCACAACUAUUCUGCAAAUCAUAAUAAAACGUGUUUUUCUAAUCAAAUCAAGAAAAACAUUAUAUUAUUUUCUAAAGCAAUAUCCUCCAAUGAAUCUAAUAAAAUUACAC